CAGAAGUUGGAAGUUAAAAAAGUUACAAAUCCCCUACUCUACGUUUCCAAAGUUGAAGCCAAAAAAAAAAAAAAAAAAAAAAAAACAACCACCUUAGUUCAGAAAGAAGUAGCAGUUAGCAAUUGAGCAUGAUGUUCAGGCAAGCUUCACGCCUCUUGGCUGGAUCGGUGAGGAGGUUGAGUAGGAGACCCUUCUCCACGGCCACGGAGGUCCCUGCUGCUGCUACCACCACCAACAUGGACUCAGGCUUCAUGGAGUCAUGGAAGAAAGUGAUACCAAACAUAGACCCUCCCAAGACUCCUUCACAUUUCAUGAACCCUCGUCCCGCUACACCCUCUUCCAUCCCUUCCAAAAUCACUGUCAACUUUGUGCUUCCCUAUGCCUCCGAGCUCUCCGCCAAGGAGGUUGACAUGGUCAUAAUACCAGCAACAACUGGGCAAAUGGGUGUUUUGCCCGGACAUGUACCUACAAUUGCAGAGCUGAAGCCUGGGAUCCUAUCAGUGCAUGAGGGAAACGAUGUGACAAAGUAUUUCCUGAGCAGUGGGUUUGCUUUUAUCCAUGCUAACUCUGUUGCUGAUGUAAUUGCCGUAGAGGCUGUGCCAGUUGACCAUAUUGACCCCAGCUUGGUCCAGAAGGGCCUUACAGACUUCACGCAGAAGCUAAGUUCAGCCACAACUGAAUUGGACAAAGCUGAAGCCCAGAUUGGUGUUGAUAUUCACAGUGCGCUCAACGCUGCUCUCUCAGGCUAAUGGUUAUCAACACCAUGUCAAGUUUUUCUUCACUUUCCCAGUUCUGCUUUAGCAACUGUUUGAUGUUCCCUCAAUAGUUAUUAGAUCUGUCAAGAUAUCGUCACUAUGAUUGCCAGGAGUGAAAUAAAUAUUUUUCCCAAAGAGCCCCCAUUCUUUCUAUGUCCAAGAUGCCGCUUCAUCUGAAAAUUGGAAUAUUACUCUACUUUUUUCCAUUUGGAAAUUUUAUUUCAAUGUUUGGUUUUGAUAUCACACAUAAAGGAAAUCACUGUACUUUGUUUUUCUCGGUCUUGAAAUGAUGUUUGGAUUUCAGUUGUCAUAA